AUGCACCUACAUCAAUACAAACAAUUCAAGGCUACCAUGUGCUGGCAAAUAAUUGGAGUAAUUAGCGUUUCCUCAUUGAUCUUGGCAAUGGUCGUCAACUGUUCUGGCGGAAAGAGAGAAAGAGAACAUGCCGGCAGACAGCCAUCGAGUGACGUCCCAAGGAGUCCCAGAAACGAAGACCGCAGAAUGCAGAAGUCCGGAGAUUUCGACCACAAAACGCAGAAGUCGGCGACGCCGCCAGUUAAUGCUGUCUCGACAAGACGCGAUAAGCUAACGUCCAGAUCAAUAAUGCCUGACGACGGUUACGAGGCUUGUCCGGAUCUCAAUUCCAAACAGCUGGCGAAAAUAGCUGCCGAAACGUAA